UCGCAUAGGUCUGCACGCGCACUAGCACUUCACACACCCACGUACAGCAGAGCAAACACGUCUAGACUACGUCUCCUCCAAAAUGUCUCCAAAAGUCGCUGUUGUAACUGGAAGUAACUCAGGAGUUGGUCUUGCCAUCGUCCGAGCUCUCUGCAAGCACUUUGGUGAGAAUGGGGCGGUAUACUUGACCGCUAGGAAUGAGGAACGAGGGAUGCAGGCCGUGGAAGUCUUGAAGAAAGAGGGUCUCAAUCCCAGAUUUCAUCUUCUUGAUGUCAACAAUGUAACCAGUAUGGAGAAACUCAGAGAUGAUAUCAAGACUGAACAUGGCGGUGUAGACAUCCUGGUUAACAAUGCAGGCAUUGCCUAUAAGGGUAACGACACCCCUAUGUGUGAACAGGCUGCAGGAAGUAUCAAGACAAACUACCAUGGUGUGCUUCUAAUGACUGACACAUUCCUACCUAUUAUCAGAGAUGGUGGAAGGAUUACCCAUAUAGCAAGCUUGGUGGCCCCUAUGGCGUACUACAAGAUGAGUGAAGAACUCCAGCAGAGAUUCAAGGACGUCUCGACUGUAGCGGGUGUGACAGACCUCAUGAAUGAAUUCAUUGAGGCAACUAAGAUUGGAGACCAUGUGAAAAAGGGCUGGUCAGACUGGGCUUACGGGACCAGCAAACUAGGAGUAGCAGCCCUCACCAAAGUACAGGGGGAAAACAUGAGCAAGGAUACAAGCAAGAAAGAUGUCCUCAUUAAUUGUUGCUGUCCCGGCUACGUUGAGACAGGCAUGACAGCACAUCAUUCCGGCGCCCAAAAAAGGCUCACCCCAGACCAGGGGGCGGACACUCCGGUCUACUUGUCACUCCUACCGGCCGGGACGACCGACCUUCAGGGCAAGUUGUUGUCCAAGAGAAAGGUCAAGAACUUCUUUGAGGAGGACAUCAGGCCAAUCACAUUCAACUAAAUUGUGCUGUUAAUCCAUGGCAGUUCAGAAUUUAAUUAUUUUCCAACUUAAAGAUAAACUCCAGUUCUGGUAAAAAAAAGAAAAUUAAUUCUCACAGAAUGAAACGAAACUUACACUGAAUUUUCAAG